CGUAGGACUCUCCCCACUCCGCGUAACUAAGAACAAAAAUACACUUACUGUGUGUGUAUUUAGGGGAGAGAGAAGAGAGACAAAGAUAAGAAGAAGGAGAAGGAGAAGGAGAGGUGGGAGGGGAGAGAGGUCUCUGCUGCAUUGGGAAACCCACUUUUUUUGACAACUUGUAGUGCCAAAAAAAUAUUUGAAGGGAAACAAGAGUGAGUUUUGUAUUAUGUUAUUGUUUUUGAUUUACUUUUCCAAGAAAACACAACUUUUGCUGGGAAUGUUGUUUGUCAGCUACUUAUGCCGGAGAAAGCUGCAAACUUGGUUAUAGGCUCAAGCCCAGCAGUUCAUUGGUGGUUCAAGAUCUUGGUAGUGGGGGUGCUUUUUGGAUUCUUGGUUGUUUGGGGGAUUGAUGGGUUCAAUAUGAGCAGUUUUCACAAAGAUUUUGUUGUGUUCAAGCCCAAUGGUUCAGAAAUUUUGCCACAACCCUUUGAAGAUUUGAGCUUUAGGAAUCUUUCUCUGGAACCCCGUGUUGAAAUUCCUCAAAAGAUUGAUUUAGACCACAGCCACCAAAGUUUGGCAAGAACCGUCGAAAAUCUUGAUCCUGGGAUUCAGAACCAGUCCCAAGAUGUUUCCAAUUCAAGCCCUCAAGUUUCAGAAGAUUUGACUAAGGAACAGACCGUCAACAUCCCCUCAACUCCUGAGAUAUUGCCUUGGAUUUCAUCUGAAUUAGAGGCAAAUUAUUCAGCCAAUCUUCUUGCUAAGUGGUUAGCUCCAGGAGGUGAGCCUUGUAAGGAUUCAAGAACAGUGGAUAUCAGAAUGCCUGGUUUGGAAGGUAAUAUGGACCUUGAAUUGUCGACGGGCGAAAUGCAUGAAUUUGUUUUUCAGGCAUUGGAUGAUUCAGGGCGGCCUCGUUGUCUAGGAGGUGAUUAUUUGGAAACUGAUCUUUCUGGUGAAAGAUGGAAGGCUAGGCCUCCGGUUAAGGAUAUGGGAAACGGGAGCUAUGCGUUUUCGCUUCAAGUUCAUCCUGAUUUUGCUGGUGAUUACAAUUUGACUAUUAUCCUGUUGUUCCGGCAUUAUGAAGGGUUGAAGUAUUCCCCUGCAAGAUUCGUGUUUGAUCGUGUUCUUCGUGUAGUUCCUAUAAAGUUCAUUAGGUCUGAGUCCCAGUUGCCUGAGAUAAGACAUUGCAAGAAGUCUGAUUACACCAAGGAUGUUUGGUCUGGUCGAUGGACUCGACAUGCUAGGAACGAUAGUUGUCCGAUUAGCAAUGAUGGGAGAUACAGAUGCCAAAAGCCGAGUUUUCCAUGCCAGCGUCCGUGGUGUGAUGGUCCAUUGGGCGUGCUAGAGAGUAAUGGAUGGGUGUAUUCAGCUCAUUGCUCAUUCAAAUUGUUUACAAGUCAAAAGGCGUGGAAAUGUUUGAACAACCGUUGGAUUUUCUGGUGGGGAGAUUCAAACCAUUGUGACACCGUCCGCAACAUCCUUCACUUCAUUUUGGACGUGCAUGACAUUCCUACGGUUCCAAGAAUAUUCGAUAUGAACAUCACCAAUCCAAGAAACCCGUCCCAGAUGGUCAGAUUCACCAGCAUUUUCAAUGGCCAUCCAAAUGAUACAGGCAAUUAUCAGGGCUUGAAUUCAUUGAUCAACGCAAACUACAGAGAAUUGUUGAAGGGGUAUUUUUCAAAAGAUGUAGUUCCGGACACCAUGAUCAUGAAUUCGGGCUUACACGAUGGCGUGUACUGGUCUAAUAUCCGAAACUUUAUCAAGGGGGCGGACUAUGCAGCCUUAUUUUGGGCCGAGGUAAUGGAAGGAGUGAGGAAAAGAGGGCUGGAGCCCCCUGAAGUUAUAUAUAGGACAACUGUGGCAACGGGCGGCUACGCUAGAAGUCUGGCAUUUAAUCCUCAGAAAAUGGAGGCCUUCAAUGGGGUGGUGUUGGAUAAACUGAGGCAAUAUCACGUGCUAGAUCGAGUCAUCGAUGAUUUUGACAUGACAUAUCCGUGGCACUACGACAACCGAUGCAACGACGGUGUCCACUAUGGCCGAGCUCCAGCCAAAAUGAAGUGGAGGGACGGCCAAAUCGGGCACCAAUACUUUGUCGACCUUAUGCUUGGUCAUGUGCUGAUUAACGCGCUAUGUGUUAAAACAGUGUGAUUAGCCACAACAACGCUCGGCAUUAUUACUUUGUCGACUCGUGCAUGUGCCGAUUAACUCGAGCGCAUGUGGCGUAGACGGCUAGAAUGCGUUGUCACGGAGCUGAUUCUUUGGCCAUGGUGCUAUACAAGGUAGGAAGGUAAGAGAUCCUGAGAGAAAAACAGCCAUUUAUUCAGGCAAUAUAUUCUUUCUUGUAGCAUAACAUUCAUAUACUAUAAUGGUUUUGUGUUUGAUUCUUUAGUAUUGUUUUCAUAAGCUUGUGUACAUCACACAUUCCAGCACUAAGGUAUUUACCACUGUAAAGUUACUUCAGAAUAUUUAUGCUCACAUUUCAACA